AUCAGUUCAGGGAUCAUGUUCUCCCGGGAUGACCACAUGUUGACCGGCCGAUCAUCAAGGAGCUUCAAGUUACCGCGAGAUGUUGUGUGUGAACAUCGCGAGAACACAGAGGAGAUAUUUAAACUGGAACAGAAACAAAAGUCCGUCAGUCAGAGAGGAGACCUGCUGGACUUCUCAAACCAGGACCACUACAAGAGCGGAAUGGAGGAGAACCAGAACCCGGAGCACCACACCGACAACCCCGUUAAAAGGGCAGAACCCGGUUCUCGCUCCGCUACCACCGAUAAACAGGGGACAGAAAACUCUGGUUCACACUCCAACAACACAGCAGGUGUCAGUAAUGCACCUCAACACUGGUUGCUACCCGACAUAAAACAGGAAAAAGAAGAAGAAGAAGAACAGCUUAUCAGUCAGAGAGGAGACCUGCUGGAUUUCACAGACCAGGACCACUACAAGAUCAAAAUAGAGGAGAACCAGAACCUGGAGAACCACACGGACAACCCUGUUAAAAGAGAAGAACCAGGUUCACCCUCUGCUACCACCGAUAAACAGGGGACAGAAAACUCUGGUUCACACUCCAACAACACAGCAGGUGUCAGUGAUGCACCUCAACACUGGUUGCUACCCGACGUAAAACAGGAAAAAGAAGAAGAACAGUCCAUCAGUCAGAGAGGAGACCUGCUGGAUUUCACAGACCAGGACCACUACAAGAUCAGAAUAGAGGAGAACCAGAACCCGGAGAACCACACCAACAACCCUGUUACAAGAGAAGAACCAGGUUCACCCUCUGCUACCACUGAUAAACAGAAACAAAAAGGAAGCAAGGGACUCAAACAUCACCGCUGUCAGCACUGUGACAAAGCCUUCACGACAUCAACAUAUUUAAAGAUUCAUCAGAGAGUUCACACUGGAGAAAAACUUCACAGCUGUGACCAGUGUGGGAAAGCUUUCACUACAGACAGUAGUCUAAAAAUCCACCAACGCAUUCACACUGGAGAGAAACCGUACAGCUGUGACCAAUGUGGAAAAGCUUUCAAUCUUCUUGGUAAUCUUCAAAUCCACCAACGCAUUCACACCGGAAAUAAACCAUACAGCUGUGACCAAUGUGGAAAAGCUUUCACUACACACAGCGCCCUACAAAUACACCGACGCAGUCACACUGGAGAGAAACCGUACAGCUGUGACCAAUGUGGAAACACCUUUACUUUGCUUUGUAGUCUAAAAAGACACAUACGUAUUCACAUAGGAGAGAAACCAUUUAGCUGUGACCAUUGUGGGAAAGCUUUCACUGAUGACGGAGCCCUAAAAUGUCACCAACGCCUUCACACAGGAGAAAAACCGUACAGCUGUGAUCAAUGUGGAAAAGCUUUUACUUUGCUGUGUAGCUUAAAAAGGCACAUACGCAUUCACACAGCAGAAAAUCCGUUUAGCUGUGAUCAGUGUGGGAAAGCUUUCGCUCAAGACAGUAAUCUAAAAAGCCACCAACGCACCCAUACUGGAGAGAAACCAUACAGGUGUGACCAAUGUGGAAAAACUUUCACUGCAAGCGGCGAUCUGAAAAAACACCAACGCAUUCAUACUGGAGAGAAACCGUACAGCUGUGACCAAUGUGAGAAAGCUUUCAGUACAGACAGUAACUUAAAAAUGCACCAGCGUAUUCAUACAGGAGAAAAACCGUACAGUUGUGACCAAUGUGGGAAAGCUUUCACCUCAGACAGUAACCUAAAAAAACACCAACGCAUUCAUACAGGAGAGAGACCGUACAGUUGUGACCAAUGUGGGAAAACUUUCACACAAGCAGGUAAUCUACAAAUCCACCAAAGGAUUCACACUGGCGAGAAACCAUACUGGUGUGAUCAAUGUGGGAAAGCUUUUGUUACAGACAGUAAUUUAAAAAUCCACCAACGCAUUCACACUGGAGAGAAACCGUACUGGUGUGAACAAUGUGGGAAAACUUUUGCUCACAAGAAUUCCCUAAAAACCCACCAACGCAGUCACGCAGCAUUGUGUUGAACAUGUGUUAGAGGCAGGUUAGCGGUGUCGCCCUGCCUCCUCUCAAUGCCUUAAUAACAGUGUUGUUCUAUCCUGAAUUUCUCUACAAUCUGAGGGCUGCCAACAAUAACUUUAGAAACAGCAUGUAUGCCAUCAGCAGCACACAUGUCUGAAUUUUAAGCUCAGUGAUUGGCUGUUUCUGUAGAAAUGCACCUUGGGAGUCGUUGACUUCUAGCCUGAAUUUUUUUUUAAUUUAUUUUUGAGUUUCAUGUUGUGUUUGAAUAGAAUGUGUUGAAUGAAUUUGUAAAUUCUCCAGAACCACAGAAUUUCCCUUUUUUAAAUUAAAUUUAGCAUCAGUGGUUUCAACUAAAAUCCAUAAGUGAUUGACAUUAGCGUUAGCUUAUUGUCCCUCGCUAUUAUUAGCAGCUAUUUUUUUCCCCCAAAAAAUUUACAGCUCUGACUGUAUCUUACAAAACAGGACAGACUUUGGGAGUCAACAGUCAUAAUGACAG